AUGAUCUUCCAACUCGAAGUCUUUUUCUUCCUUUUCUCUCUCCUCUCCAUCAAUGUGCUAGCCGCACCAGUCAAUCAGGGCGAUCACAUAUCUAUCCUCUUUCCUCGCGUCCUCACUCCGGCAUUUUCGUUCACUGGCAACCUGACAUCCUUCGAGAUUCCGCCCGCUGGGACCGACAAGGAGUCUAUCAAGAAGAACAAAAAGGCCGUCGCGCAACAGAGCAACCGCGCUCAACAACAAGCUGUUGCCCAACAGCUAGUCAGCAACGUAUUGACCAACGCGCAACCAGUUCUUGGAUUACCCGACAAUCUCGCCGUCACGAUUCUUAACAACUUCCACACUAGUAGAUCAGACCAGGAGAAACAUAUCACCUUCUCGUUCAAUGCCCCAUCGUGCUCUGGCACGUGCGUGGGUCAUGCAUACAACCCCGUAUCUUCAGUAACCCCUGGUAAAGGACAACCAGGCAAGAUCUUUGGUUCCACAGGUGCAGCUAUCUUUGGGGACAAAGACAAAAAGUAG